AAUGAAGAGAGCUGGCAAAAUGUUAUUAAUGAUUUUGAAAGGCUCUGGAAUUUUCCAAAUUGUAUGGGAACCAUAGAUGGAAAACAUAUAACUUUACAGGCUCCACCGAAUUCCGGCUCGACAUAUUUCAAUUACAAAAGAGACCAUAGUAUUAAUCUCCUAGCAAUCAGCGACGCCAAAUAUCACUUUAUUGUUGUCGACAUCGGAGGCGAAAGCAGACAGAGCGACGGAGGAGUUUUUCGGAACAGCCUUAUUGUAAAUUAUGUCGAAAGUGGUUCAUUAAAGCUGCUAAAUCCGAAGCCAAUUGAAAUUGAUGGAAUAGCUCUCCCUUAUGUGCUGCUAGCUGAUGAAGCCUUUCCAUUGAGUAACUUUAUAAUGAGGCCGUACCCACGGAGUGGCAGAUUGGACUUGUCAAAAAAAGUAUUUAAUUACAGGCUUAGUAGAGCAAGACGAGUGGUAGAAAGUGCUCUUGGAAUAUUGGUAGAGAGAUGGAGAAUUUACAGAAGGCCAAUAAUAUCAAGUGUUGCUAAUGCAAAGAAAAUUGUGCAAGCAACAGUAGUGUUGCAUAAUUUUAUUAUUAAUAAUGAAGAACAAUUGCAAUUACCACGUAGGUAUGUGAAUAUUAAUGAAGGUGACUUCAAUUCACCAAUGAAUUCAGGAGAGCUUCGCUCAUUGCCAAUCUGUAGAGGAAGAACAUCUCAAAGUGGAAUCGAAGUUCGACACGCAUACACUGCAUUUUUUAAUGGAAAUGGCGCAUUACCUUAUCAAUGGGAAAAAGCUGUACAGAACAAUUUUUAA